AUGUUGGCAAGAAGACCAAGUUUGUUGCCAUUUUUGAAUACAAACUUACAUGACGUAGUGCAUCUUCGUUUAGCGAUUUCGGUAUUUAUCCACAAAGUAGAUGGUUUGAAUGAAGAAAUCAAAUUAGAAACACAACGGGACAUAUUUCAACGUGUGCAAGAUGAUUUUCAAGAUGAUGGUCUUGAUAAAAUUCAUGUGACCUAUCAUUUAACCUCUAUUUACGAUCACUCAAUAUUUGAAGCUUUCAGUAAGGUUGUUCAAAAAUUAAUCAAACAGUUAUCUACUCUAGAGCGAUUGCUUGACAUUUUCAAUCAGAAAGUUGAUAUUAUCCCUUUAUCUCCUCAAAUUUUUUGUCCUGAAAGUCUUGAUAAAAUCCUAUCAAUGAUAGGAGUGUUAUCUCUAAUGCUUCUU